AUAAUAACAUAGACAGAUACAAUGUCCAAAAGUGUGAAUUUGGCAUCUUCUGUUUUUCGUACGGACAUCUUUUCAAAUAAAUGCUCCAUAGUAACUGGAGGAAGUAAAGGAAUUGGAAAAGCGAUUGCUAUCGAACUAGCGAGCUUAGGGUCAAAAGUUGUCAUAGCUUCAAGAAAUUCUAAAGAAAUACAAGAAUCUGCAGAAUCAAUUAAAAGUAUAACAGGAAAUGAACAUAUAUAUGGAAUAGAAUGUGAUAUUCGUAAAGAAGAAUCAGUUAAAAAUCUAGUAAAAAGCUCUAUAGAUAAAUUAGGAGGAAUUAAUUUUCUUGUCAACAAUGCUGGAGGUCAAUUUCCAUGUCCAGUAGAAAAUAUGACAAUUAAAGGUUGGAAAGCUGUGAUAGAAAAUAACCUUCACGGACCAUUUAUUAUGUGCAAAGAAGUGUUCGAUUCUUAUAUGAAAGAAAAUGGAGGAUCAAUAGUAAAUAUUCUAGCAGAAUUUAAAAGAGGAUUUCCUCUAAUGGCGCAUACUGGAGCAGCAAGAAGCGGUAUGGAUAAUUUAACGAAAACCUUAUCAAUGGAAUGGGCUAGCUAUGGAAUUAGAGUUAAUGCCGUUAUUCCAGGAACAAUUGUACACAAGUCUAUGAUAAAGCACUACGGAGAGAAAUUUACGUCUGUUUUAGACAUUUUACGAAAAAAAAUCCCAGUUCAAAGAUAUGGAACGUGUGAAGAGGUCUCAGGUGCAGUUUGUUUCUUACUAAGCGACGCAGCGAGUUUUAUGACUGGUGGAAGUAUUAUUGUGGAUGGAGGACAAACACUAAUAACGCCUACAUCUUUAUUUAACGUACCAGAACAUAGCAAACUCCCUGCUUUCCAAUGGCUAAACAAUGUAAAAUCAAAAAUAUAA